AUGGCAACCGAAUCUACUUCCCCCCCCUCCGGCCCGGAGCUCUCUCACCUGAGUCUCGAAGACGACCAUAACGAGAAGUCGCCAAUUACUACGGAUGAUCAAGACCAAGCUCCAGCGGGAGACUUCCCCGAUGGAGGUACGAGAGCAUGGGCCGUUGCAUUAGGCACAGCCGGCAUUGCCUUUUGCACCCUUGGCUAUGUUAACUCCUUCGGGGUUUACCAGGCCUAUUAUGAGAGCUCUCAGCUCCGCGGCCACUCCCCCUCACAGAUAUCGUGGAUUGGAUCGACACAGGCUUUCUUCGUGUUUGGCGGAGGCAUCGUUGGAGGCCCUUUGUUUGACUUGUAUGGCGCCAAGGUCAUCCGUCCAGCAGCAUUGCUCUUUGUUCUGAGCAUUAUGUUGACCAGCGUAUGUACGGAGUACUACCAGUUUAUCCUUGCGCAAGGUAUUCUGGGCGGCCUUUCCAAUGGCAUGUCUAUGUUCCCCGCGAUGGCUGCAGCACCGCAAUACUUUGACAAGAAGCGCGCUGCAGCUAUGGGCAUAGGCAUUGCCGGGUCAUCUCUAGGCGGGAUUAUUUGGCCAAUCGCCCUGAGUAAAAUGUUGACAUCGACCAACCUGGGCUUUGGUUGGAGUGUCCGUAUUACUGGAUUUGUUGCGUUGGCCCUUAUUGCUCCAUCAGCCUUUGCCGUCAAAGCCCGCCUCCCGCCGCGCAAGAGCCGCUUUUUCCUCUGGGAAUCCUUCAAGGAGCCUCCGUUUAUCUGCCUCGUUAUUGCGGGCUUCCUGGGCUUCCUGGGCCUGUUCACCCCGCUAUUCUAUCUUCCCGUCUACGCUAUUCAGCAAGGCAUGAGCCCUUAUCUGGCCUUCUACCUUGCUGCGAUUUUCAACGGCGCAUCCUUCCUCGGCCGAGUUAUCCCAGGUAUUCUCGCCGACAAACUGGGUCGAUUCAACGUGUUCAUUUCCGCUACAGUAAGCAGUGGUAUUCUGACAUUCUGCUGGCCGAGAGUCCACUCCAACGCUGCGUUGAUCGUAUUUGGCUCCAUCUUCGGCUUCUGCUCCGGCGCAAUCACUUCCGGCAUGGCCGUGAGUUUUACUUCUAUUCCCAAGGACCCCAGGAAUAUUGGAACUUAUAUGGGCGUUUCUUUUUGA